AUGCCCGAUGACACAGAUGCUGCGGCUUUAUGCGACGCGAUUGUCCAUGGCAGUUUCCCACAAUCGGAACAACUUCUGACCUCUGAUCUGUCCUCUCAAACCAUCUCCGCUCUCCUCAGCCAGAUCUCUCAUACUCGGCAAGGCCUCAGUGGCGAGAUCAAAGCCGACAGCAAAGAUGAGGCCGACAACGUCGAUGCCUGGAUCGCCCAGGCUAAGAAGGUUCAAGAGGACAUUGCGCGCUGCAAACUCGAGUCCAAGCGCAUCGUCGAGGAGCAUCAGCAACUGCAAGUCCUGAGAGAUCAGGUCACCGACUACCAAGGCAAAGUUGACCUCCUCGAGACGGAAAUUGACUUCAGCAAGUCCCUCCACCACGAUCUUCUGAACGUGUCCUUGGCCGCACAAUCGCUGAGGGACAUUGAGCAAUGUCUCACCCACGAUGACCCCUGCGGAGCUGCCACGAAACUGCAGGAGCUGGACAGGAAUUCGACAACCAAGCUAAAAGCUAGAACAACCACAAUAAUACGGGAUUUACAAGAUGAGCUGCGGCUCAAAGCUCGCUUCCAACUGGAGCAGAAACUCAGUCAACAGAUUCUUGUUCGCAGAGACCAUCAGAAGGGAAGUCUUGAAGUUCUACCGAAUGAGCUUGAUGACGCCACACUGAAUUCCGAUGCCAUUCUACGAGCCCUUGACAGUCUUGCCGAUGGCCAAGAUUCCAUUGAGCCUCUGACGGACAAGCUCAGGUCUCUGAUUGUUCAUCCCCUCCGCCGGUCUGCGCGUUUGAAGUUGGCAGCUUAUCAUGUUGAGCAACACGCCUUGAAUGUCGAACUCGACUCCCGCGUUCCGUCCCUGGAUCUAGUCCUCGCUUUUACGCUCGACUUUCUCCACUUCCUUCGCGGUUCCUUGUCUAAGACGGUGCAAGACGCAACAGCGAAAGCACUACUUCCCGACUUGAUGGACGUUUUGGUUUCCGAUUGGCUAAACCCUGAGCUGCCUACCGAUCUCAGAAUGCUGGACGAUCUCGACCGUCUCAAGCAGAGAGUAAGCGCCAUCUUGGACGACCUGAAAUCUUCCCAGUGGGAAGGGCAAGAAAAGCUUCAAGAUUGGACGGAUGAUAUCCAACGGGCUUGGCUGAGCAAGCGUAAGGCUGCUACCCUGGAUGCUGUAAGGAAAGCAUUCGCUUCGGCUCGGGGAAAUUUACGCCAGGUAGAACGCGUGGAGCGACAGAUGGUAUCGACUACCAGCGCAGAAGAGCAUAGGAGCGUUGAAGGCGGAUCAGAUGAGUGGGACGCAGACUGGGACGACGAGGCAAAGCCUAAAGAAUCCACGGAAGAGACUGCACAGACGAUGAGCACCGAGGAAGAUGACACCGAAGGUUGGGGGUUCGAUGAUGAUGAAGAAGAAGAAGAAAAUGAACCUAAACGGGACACUCGCAACGCACAAAUUGCAGAUACCGAAGACGAUGAUGCUGGAGAUGCUUGGGGCUGGGGCGACGAGAGCCCUGACACAGACAAGAAAUCAAAGCCGGCCUCCAAAGAAGAACACAAGGCACCAAAUGGAGCGAAGCCGCGCAAUGAGACCGAGCAGGAGGUCACUCUGACCGAAGUUUACAGCAUCAGCGAGAUUCCUGAUCACCUGAUUGAAAUCAUAGGCAGGGAUCUCACAGACGCUCAAACCAUCCGGGACACGCAGCACAAGAGUCUUGACUCGGCCUCAGCAUCUAGAGGCCUGUUGGCCCUACCCACCUUGGCACUCGCCAUGUUUCGGGCCACAGCGCCCAGCUACUACGGCGCCUCUCCUACCCUGACAGAGAUUCAUCGCUACAAUGAUUCCCUCUACAUAGCCGAACGACUACGCGACAUGAGCAUCCCACCCGAGAUGGCCAGCAUACAAUCCGACAUCAAAGCCAUGGAGAAAUUCUCCAAAUUGGCAUACUCUAAAGAAAUGGAAACCCAGCGUAUAAUCGUGUGGGAUCUCCUCGAGGGCGCCCAGGGAUUUACUUCAUGCACGCAAUUUCCCUACUCGCAGGAAAUUGAGAAUGCCGUGUCCUCGGUCGUCGAUCGAAUACGUACACUGCAUGUGCUGUGGAAACCCAUUCUCUCGACGUCGGCGCUGAUGCAAAGUCUCGGCUCGCUCGUCACCAUGGUGGUAUCUAAAUUCAUCUCCUCAAUUGAGGAAAUGGACGAUAUCUCGGAGCCGGAAUCCCAGCGCCUCACUGCCUUCUGCCAACAGAUCGCCACGUUGGAAGACCUCUUCUUAUCGACACCGCCAUCUACUAGCACCACCCAUCAGGAAGACAGUCCACAAGAACCCAUCCCAAUGACGGCAGUGUACGUCUCCAACUGGCUGCGCUUCCAAUACCUGAUCAAUAUCCUCGAGAGCUCGCUCGUGGACAUCAAGUACCUCUGGACGGAAGGCGAAUUGAGUCUCGAGUUCAGUGCGGACGAAGUGGUGGAUUUGAUCAAGGCCCUCUUCGCGGAGAGCGCGCAUCGACGGAGCGCAAUUGCGGCCAUCAGAGGGAGUAGAACGUCGCGGUGA